UUGUUACUCAUGAUGUAUCAUAUUAUCUUAUCUGUUUAGUGGUGAUAGGUUUCACUAUAUCUCUGGAUAGGCGUGGUGUUGUACUUUGCUGAAUGGAAUUGAAGGGAUAUCAUAUAUUCCUAUAUUAAAAGUGGUUAAAAAUUAUUUGAGCAAAAUGACAAUAUUUUUGUAUUUUCUUAUUUUUAUUAUAUUAACUGUGCAUGCACAGGAAAAUGCACUUAGAAAUCUUCCACCGUCUUUACGAGAGUGUUACGAGAACAAAUAUCUUUUGGAAAGAGAUAAUAGAUUGCCUCAUACUUUAAAUACGUUUAUUGCCAUACUUCGUAAAAUUGAAAAUACAGAGGGUCUUAAUAUGGAUAUGAGAAGUUUGUCUGUUGCACUUUUGCAUCGUUUCCGACAAGAUGGUAUUGCUCCAAAUCCUGAUAUUCCUCCUCAAGAUGGAAUAUCACCCUAUGCGCCAAAUACCUAUCAAUUUUAUCGUUUUGCUCAAAUGCUGCAUCUUAUCCCUGGAAAUGCUAUUAUGUUUCCUAAUAAUAGUAUCACAGACGUUGAAAGAUGUACGUUACAUUUCAUGUUAUCGAGUAGCGUUGAAAUUUUUGAAAGAGGAGACGAAACAAAAGUUUGUAGAUUUGCAGAUACAUAUAGAUAUCCAAGAAAUAUUAAGAAUAAGAAUAAGAUAACGACUGAAAGUGCUGUUAAUGAUGUAGAAAUGUUGUCAUCUGAUGAAAUAAAAAGUAUGAGUCACCACAAAAACAAAGGUGAACAGUUUACAAUUGAUCCAAGCUGGUUGUAUCCUGAAUUACCACCUAAUCAUCCAGAUAGCGCACGGAUUUCUAAACCACCUCAAAGUAAAUGUCCUAUAGAAAAUGGCGUUGUAAAAACUCCAUGGGGUGCAAUUUCUUUUGGUACAGUGCUUGCUGGAAUAGCUGCAGCUAUGCAACCAGAAACAACCAUGCUUUACAAUUUGCAACCGGAUAUUUUGGAAAAUAAUAAUACGCAUUUAGCAAGACUAACUUUAGAUAACAAAUGGCUUGCUACUCUAGCUGGAGAUUUAGCAGAAAUAGCUUUAAGACUAGGCCCUUUAAGAGGUGAACUUAGUGUUGGAGUGACUGGUAAUUGGAAUUCUACUGCUUUGCCACGAUGGUAUUUCUUGAAGUCUAAUGAUAAAUAUGAGAUGACAACAGCAGAAAUUAGAGGAGAUUUAGAUGGCUUAAUUUUGGCCAAUGAAAUUAAUAAGUGGUAUUCUAAAAUUUCUAGUUUAAGACUUUCGCAGGUUUUUGAUAUGUACUAUAGUUCACUAGGAUUCUUUGAUUCCUCCAUUAAAGCUUGCAAUCGUAGGACUCUAUUCACAUCUGUUGCACCAAAUCAGACAAUGGUUGAACAAACAUAUAGUGCUGCUUUAUUACUAGAACCAGAUCUAUCAGAAGCCACACUUGAGUCUACAGUAAUAGAAAAAUUUUCAGUGCAAGCAGUAAACCAAUUAGUAAAAUAUGUGCCUACAUCUAUGAAUAAGGAUCCUUCAUGCACUGAGAAAUUAUACAAUUUCAAUCAAAUGUCUGUCGAUUUGACAAUAGUUUUAGAUACAAAUUGGGUAUUUACAGCAAUAAAACCUAUUCUUGCAUAUUUACUGGAAAACAUAGACGUAAAUCAAUUUAACUCUAAUUUUACAUUAAUAAAUGGUCAUGAUGGAAUCCCAAUAAUUAAUAGCACUUCUAACAUUUUGGAUUUUUAUGCAUAUAAUUCAUCCCAUUAUGAAAAUAUUACACACGGUUUUAAUUUGCCUAAAUCACUUAAGGAAUUGGAAUUAUAUUUAAUGAAUAAACUUAAUAAUGAACGUGGCCGUGUAGGUGGGGCACGUGCUGAUGUUGUUUUAAUUAUUUCACACAAUUUUGAUAUAUCCCAAAACGAUAAGGAAUAUUGCUUGCAAACUAUAUUGCGAAUGCGAGAACAUAUUCCAGAUACAACGCUACUUGUUACGACAUAUGGAUCCAAAGACACAUGGUCUGAUUUAGUGCAGAACCGUGUAACACAUCUAUUUUCUAUUAACAUCGGAGACACGGAAGAAGCUUUAAAACCGAUAACCGAUAUAGUUUCAAGAAUAAAGCAAGUUCCCAAACGCUUAUUUAAUACACAGUGUGGAUCAGAUUUUGUUUCAUCUGGAUCUUCACUCCCAUAUGAUGAUUAUGUUAUACCAAAUGGUAUUAAUUUUUAUAAAUUACACCCUAAUUACUUUUUUAAUGGCGCAAAUACGGCAACAAUAAAAAUUCAAAGCUCUGAUUCGAAUAAUUUAAUUGUAUGUUCAUCACGACAAUCAUUAUACGUUAAUACAACGGAAACAUCAAAGUCAUGUGUAUCAAUAUCCAACAAUGCUCACAGUAUUACAGUGUCUUGUGCUAAUGCUGCUGUUAUUCAUGACUGUUCGCCACUUUAUAUAUCAGUUGCCUCAAACUCUUCAAGUACUUCCUACCAAUGUACUGAUCGCCGGGUUUGUAGAUUUCCCAUUUUGAUGAAAUAUACUAUAUCUUAUGAAAACAUGGUAUGUAUUAGUGGGGCAACCAAAAUCGCAUUUAAUUCUUUUAUUUUAAUGAUAGUUUUA